AUAAAAUUUUUAAGUCAUACAAUAAAGACAAAAGUUUAAUCUUUCUAGAUUUACAAUACCUAACAAAGUCAUAAAUAAUUUUAGUUCAUUUUUAAGUUCACUUUUUAUGCCUUUUUCUUCCUGACUCGUCUUUCCAAUCACCUCUCUCAGUAAACCCUAAACCACCACUAUUAUCUUGACCCCUGCUGUAUGUAAAAAUAUUCUUUUUUCUACAUAUACAAAUAUUUUGCGGUACUAACAUUUAAUACAAAAAAAAAAUAUGGAAAAACCUGAAAAACAAUUAUCAAAGUGGGAGAGGGAGAGCUGUUUUUCGGACCUCCGCCCUUUACGUAAGCUGACUUACUUGCAGAAAAUUGCAAUUUAAGCUGGCUGAGAGAGAGACAGAGAGCGGUAUUGGCGACUACGGCGUUGACUGCAGCGGCGACUGCAGCAGCAACGGCAGCGGCGGUGGCGGUGGCAGAGAAAAACCAGAGACGGACAUUGAGACCGAGGAAAUAACUCGGCCGGCAUUCUGUCGCAUCGCGUUCUCAUGUGAAAAUCGUCGCCGCUGGUCGUUCCGUGUUUUUCGCCACUCGAGCGGGAAAAACAAAAAAGAUUUCCAAACAAAUUAAUUAAAAUUGAUUUUGAUUUUGAUUUAGAUUUUUUCUAAGGAAAUCAUAGAUAGUUCUGGAAAGCGAACUACACUUCAAGGAAAUGAUUUUUGUUUAAACAAAUUUCAAGUGCAAUCAUUGUGAAAUCAAUCUGAAGUGCAUGUGUGUGUCUGUGCCAAUCAAAUAAUAACUAUUAUUAUUAAAAUAGUAAAAAAAAAGGAAAUAAAAAAACGCGGAAAAAGAAAGAGAGAGAAAGAUAGUAGCAGGCAGAGAGAGAGAGAGACACGGAGAUCUCUCGAGAAACUCUGUCCAGCGGCGCCAAAGUUACGGAUCCAAUUUCAAACAGUUUAAUUUAUUUUUAAUUUUUCUACAAAACAACCAAACUCAAGAAAGAAAAAUACGAAACAAGCUAAUAAAAAUAAGAAAACCAAAAUAAAAAUAAAAAACGAUCUCAUUUCUAAGCAGCAACCAAUUCUGAGAAUAAGAAAAGGUAUUCAAAAAAAAAAAGGCUGAGAGAGGAAAAUAGUUAGAGUUAUUCAUCGGAUAAAAGGAUAAUUCAAUUGAUUUGGCAAAUAAUAAUUUAUUUGUUUUGAUUUAUAUAUAGAAAAUAUUCCAAAUUAUUUUUUAAAAAAAAAGAAGAAAUAUUAAAAAAAAACACACAUUAAGCCUUUGCCUCGGUUGAUUCGAUUUGCAGUUUUGAUUUGGCAAAAAUAAAUAUAAAAAUCCUAAAAAUUUAUAUAACAAAAAUUGUUAGUAAAAAGAACUCUUAAUUUUAAUUACAAAUUUCUAUAGCGUCACAAAAAUCUUAUUAUAGAAAAUUAAUUGAACUGAAAGAAAGCGCAAGACUAUACAACAUGUACAAUGCCUUUUCUUAUUCCUUAUCAUCAUGAUCAUCAAUAAGAAUAAUCAAAUGCAAAACUAAAAUAAAAAUCAUACAAAAAUAGACGCAAACAAAGUGCAUUCCCUGACCACACGAAAACAACCGUUUCCAUUAUCAGUCACUAUCAAAAUUGCUUUCCUAUAUAUAGUAAACCCCAUCACUGAUUCACACUCUUAACAUACUUUAACCCUCUACUAUCACCUAAUCAUUAGCAACAACGAAUUGGCUAUCAAUUGGCUGGCAAAUAAAAAACUUCUAACAACGAAAACAAAAGAGUGCUUAAAACUAAUCUGCGGUUUUUUCAAAACGAAAGCUCAAUAUUUUCAGAUAACAAAAUAUUAACUUUUAUUUCAUAAGAAACAAAAACAAAAAACACAAAAACUUAAGUUAAAUCAAGUCCAAAGACAAUGCGCACAGCUUUUGGCCGUGGCCCAAAGUUUAUACUGCUGACCAGCAAAUUCAACCACGUUCAACACAAGGAGGUUGUCACCUAGAAUCUGACGGAGAAACAGUGAAAAUCCUUUACCAGUGAUCAGGAUUAACCAGUGAAAAACGAACCCAGUUAAGAUAAACCAGUGAUCAUGUCGUCGGAUACGAAUUCGUGUACCAGUUUCUUUGCCCAGGAGCAUGCCAAUGCCACAUUGUCGCAGUAUUUCCAGCAACUCAACUCUCAUGUUGCUGCUGCAGCGGCGGUCAACAGUGGUGGCAACAACAACAACAGCAACAACAACAACAACAAUAGCAGCGGCAACAACAGCAGCAGCGGCAACAGCGAUAGUGGUAAUGAUGGCAGCAUGACAGGAUCCUCGGGAACCAUGGACAACCAUCGCAGCAGUGUUAGCAGCAAUGAUUCCGGGAAAAGUAGUGCCGGAGGAGGCGGUGGGGCAGGUGCCACCAGCAACACUGGCGUGAAUGCCUGGGCCAUGCAGCAGCAACAGCAAACAGCAGCCUUGCACCACCAGCAACAACAACAACAACAGCAGCAGCAGCAACAUCAACACCAGCAACACCAACAGCACAUACAGCAGCAGCAUCAGACCCACCAGCAGCAUGUUGCCGCCGUCCUGCAGCAGCAACAGCACUCUCAGCAUCACGCCCAGCAACAACAUCAUGGCCAUACGCUGCACCAGCAUCAUACACACCAGCAACAACAACAGCAGCAGCAACAACAGCAGCAACAGCAACACCACCAGCAACAGCAGCAGCAACAACAGCAACAUGCACAGCAGCAACAUCAUGCCGCCCAGCUGGCCCACACACUUUCAUCGACCGCCGCUGCUGCCGGCAACAACAACGGCAACACCACCAACACACACUCCAUUUUUGGCACCGGCAACUUCCACUACAAGACCAACAACUCGUGGACGCUGCCCACGCUGGCGUAUCAGCGGAUUUACCAGGAGAACUCCCAUUACCAGCGCAACUCCUUCAUGGAACCCCUCAGCAAUGCCGCUGCAGCUGCAGCAGCUGCUGCUGCCAGUUGCAAUGCUGCUGCUGUUGCAGCAGCCGCUGCCGUUGCAAGUGGCAAUCAGGGUUCAGGGAAUGGCAAUGCAAGUGGUGGCAAUAAUAAUCCUGCUGUGACGGGAACUGGUAAUGGAAAUGGUGGAAAUCACGGACAGAAUACCAACAACAACAACAAUAACCAUAGUGGAAAUAGCAAUAAUAAUAAUAACAACAACAAUAACAAUAAUAACAACAAUGUAUCCUCCGUGCAACAUGUGGCAAAUGCCGUGGCAGCAGCUGUGAUCGCCAACGAGCAUCACAACCAUUUGAAUAGCUUGAAGGCGAGGUUUCAGCCAGCCAGCUCAGGCAGGAAAUCUCCAUUUUUGGGUUUCAUUUGCAAAGCAAACGGCAAAUCCACAUCGAAUAGCAAAGAAAUCAUCUGCCCAGAUGACAAAUACAAGGAGGAGGGCGACAUUUGGAAUGUUGAGGCGCAAACAGCGUUUCUGGGCCCAAAUCUGUGGGACAAGACCCUGCCCUAUGAUGCCGACCUCAAGGUAACACAAUAUGCCGACCUAGACGAGUUCCUGUCGGAGAAUAACAUACCUGAUGGCCUGCCCGGCACGCAUCUGGGUCACUCGAGUGGCCUGGGUCACCGGUCCGAUUCCCUGGGUCACGCAGCGGGUCUGUCGCUGGGCCUGGGCCACAUAACCACAAAGCGGGAGCGGUCGCCCUCGCCAUCCGACUGCAUCAGUCCGGACACGCUAAAUCCGCCAUCGCCGGCCGAGUCAACAUUUUCGUUCGCCUCCUCGGGCCGUGACUUUGAUCCGCGUACUCGAGCCUUCUCCGACGAGGAGCUCAAGCCGCAGCCGAUGAUCAAAAAGUCACGCAAGCAAUUCGUUCCAGAUGAGCUCAAGGACGAUAAGUACUGGGCACGUCGCCGGAAGAACAACAUUGCCGCCAAGCGAUCCCGCGAUGCCCGUCGUCAAAAGGAGAAUCAGAUUGCGAUGCGGGCACGCUACUUGGAGAAGGAAAAUGCAACAUUACAUCAAGAGGUGGAGCAGCUGAAACAGGAGAACAUGGACUUGCGUGCACGUCUAUCGAAAUUCCAAGAUGUGUAAUGAUAAAUACAAUUUUGUGACUUGGCCUGAGGACACCACAACAAUUAAAUAAUAAUAACUAUUGAUAAAAUAACAAUAAUCAUAACUAUGAUAAAAACUACUAAUAAUGUUUAGUACAGCAGACAUGAAACCUACACUAUAACGUACAUAUUCUAUCUAAAAUAUGUAUAUGCUAAAAAAAAAAACAAAAAACUUAUAAUUAUUAAGACAAAACACAAACACACACACACACACACACCUACAAAGAAACCCCUCACGGCGUCGUGCUCCGCUUAAAUAUUUAUUUUAUGCUAAAAAAAAAAAAAAACAGAAGAAAAAGAAAACUAAAAGCAAAUUAACUAAACACAAAGGAGGAGAAACCGUAUGGAAACUAAACAUUUUUUAGAGUAGCCAAAAAAAAGAAAGUCUCACGCGGGCAGAGCGUUGAAAAGCUCUGCGCCCGAAGCUUUUUGCCUUUAAUGUAGCAUACUUCCGAGCGCAAUGGGAAUCCUAUAAGAAAAAGAAAAACGAAAGAAAAACAACAAACACAGACCUAGAAUUGUUAUCUUUUAAAUUGUUUAAUAGUUGUCUAGCCUAGUUUUACGCAAACAACCCCCUCUUCUUCUGCUACUUUUCCCCCCUUCUACUUUUCUUCUACCCUAUCACUCUUAAUUCUUAUUAUUUUUUUGUAAUUAGUUUUUCGGUUAAGUUUUGCUUUAGCUAAUAGUGAAAGGAAAACCACACCCACACAUAUAUACACACACACAACCACACACAAAAAAUCAUAUUGUAAAUAAUUUCGUUGCCUUUUUUCAAAUUAACUCGAGAGAAGAAUUACCAUAAAAAAAAAAAGCAUAAGAAAACUUGUAUAAAAAAUUGCAAAAUGAAAACCCACAAAAAAAAAAAAAAAAACAAACAAACAAAAACGAGAAAAACUAAAGAGAAACGCUAAGGAAAACCAUUUAGAAAUGAGCAAAGAACUUCCCUCCUCAGUUGCCGGGCACUUGGCAGCUGUUUAGUUUAAGUGAGCUAUGAUUUUUAUAUUAAACCUUAAAAACGAAAAAAUAUCAGAAAACCCUCAAAAAAAAAACAAAACAAAUAAGAACGAAUUCAAAACCAGACGGAGACAGAGACAGACGAAGGACAGACGGAGGCAGAUGCAAAACUAGAAGUGAAAUAGUUUUCGUUGUUGAUUUGUUGAUAAACUAAAAUAACCAACCCAAAACUAACCCAGACAUAGUCAGCUGGUUAUAGCGAGUGAACUACCUUGCUUACUUCCUACUAACAAGCCCCUCGGGAAAACCCCCCCUCACAACUCCCCCUCUUCACAUAUUUUCACAUUUUUCCUUUUAGUUGUUAACAAUUUUAUUCGUUUUUACUUUUAUUACAAGAAAAACUAUUUCUUUUGGUGUGAUUUGCAAAGAUCUUAAAAACAAUUUAAACAAAAAACAAAAAACAAAAAGAAAACAUUUUUACAUAAUACCAUACGAUUAUGUUUACUUUAAACAGCAACUAUUUUCGUUAGUUAAGUUUAUUAAUUAUUAUUAUUAUUAUUUGUUAUACAUUUGAGUUACAUUUACCUGCAUAAAAUAAUCUAGAAAUAUAAGAAAAAUAUAUGAAACCACAACAACAAAAACAAAAACAAAAACAAAAACACAAUUUACCAAUCGAUUGGAAAAAACGUUUAUAUUUUUUAAUUGGCAAAAACAAAUUUGAAGCUUAGGGAUUUGAAUUAAGUUCAUUAAGCACUUCUUCUUAAUAAAUUUCAAUAAGUUUUAUUUAUUCUAUGGAAAAAUGUGCAAAAAAACCGAAAGAAAACCAACAAAAAACAGAAAGAUAAAGGAGAAUGAGAAUAUGAGAGCGUAACGAAAAAGUGAGAAAGCAAACAACAACAACAACAACUACAAACAUUUGUGUGUAAUAAUAAAAGUCUAAGCGUUGCUUUUAACUAUUGAAAA